AUGACGCAGGCAACUGUGCCCAAAUAUCGGGAGCACAACCUCAUCGUGGCAUGGGAAGAUGAAAAAACAACUGAUGAUUAUGAUUUUGACAAAGACAUGUUUUUACCAUCACCGGAAUCAAAAUUCAAAGUGGACCGAUGGACAAGGAAAGAAGGAGGUGGGGGUAUUACCUGUGUCUUACAAGACGGACGUGUGUUUGAGAAAGCUGGUGUCAACAUAUCUGUGGUAUCGGGAACACUGCCUCCUGCCGCUGUGCAGCAGAUGAGGAGCAGAGGCAAGAACUUGCAAUCAUCAGAGCUGCCGUUCUUCGCGGCGGGGGUGAGUGCGGUGAUCCACCCUCGCAACCCCAUGGUGCCCACUGUGCACUUCAAUUAUAGGUACUUUGAGGUCAGGGAUAAAGACGGUGUCCAAUGGUGGUUUGGGGGCGGGACGGAUCUCACACCCUAUUACCUCAACGAAGAAGACGCAAUACAUUUCCAUCUCACAUUGAAGGACGCCUGCGACGAACACGACCCCACAUACUAUGCCAAGUUUAAGAAAUGGUGUGAUGAUUACUUCACGAUUCCUCAUCGCGGUGAAAGAAGAGGCAUCGGUGGUAUUUUCUUCGAUGAUAUCGAUUUUCCAUCCAAAGACAAAGCAUUUGCAUUCAUAACUUCUUGUGCGGAGUCUGUUGUGCCGAGUUAUAUUCCUAUUGUACAAAAGCACAAAGACGACGCUUACGGUUACCACGAGCGUCAAUGGCAGUUACUCCGUCGUGGUAGAUAUGUGGAGUUCAAUCUGGUGUACGACCGCGGCACGAAGUUCGGCCUCCACACACCUGAAGCUAGAUACGAGUCUAUACUUAUGUCGCUGCCAUUAAAUGCGAAAUGGGAAUACAUGCACGAGCCUAAAUUGAACUCUCCCGAAGAUAAAUUAAUGAAAGUCCUAAAAGAACCCCAAGACUGGCUAAAUAUUGAAAAAGGGAAACGGACUGUGGGUUAAUUCAGAAUAUUAAGUUUCACAAAAUUUUGAGAUGAUUUAUUUUUGUAAAAAUUUUAAAUGUAUUAUAAUAUUUGGUGUUGA